UCAAACUCGGAUGUAAACAUUCAUCAUGGCGCCUGCUGUGUUGUGGUUUUCAUUUCUGCUAAAUGUGUUUGUACACACUGAAGGAUUCACUGAAGUUCAGCCUCUUCCAGAUUCAUGUUAUAAACCGAUGAAGGACCACAGACCGUCAUUCAUAAAGACAUAUGCCCGUCCACAUGAAUAUUUAAACGUCUCUGAUCUCCCCGCCUCCUGGGACUGGCGCAACAUUGAUGGGAAAAACUAUGUGAGCAUCACCCGCAACCAACACAUCCCACAAUACUGUGGCUCAUGCUGGGCUAUGGGCUCCACUAGUGCUCUCGCAGACCGCAUCAACAUUAAGAGGAAGGGGGCGUGGCCUUCUGCAUACCUGUCAGUGCAGAACGUGAUCGACUGUGGCAAGGCGGGGUCAUGCUUUGGAGGAGAUCAUCUGGGUGUUUACGCAUAUGCAAAUGAGCAUGGCAUUCCUGAUGAGACCUGCAAUAACUAUCAGGCUCGAAACCAAAAAUGUGACCCGUUUAAUCAGUGUGGGACAUGCUCGUUUUUUGGUUCCUGUUCCAUUAUUAAAAACUACACAGUGUGGAAGGUAGGAGACUACGGGGACAUUUCAGGACGAGACCGAAUGAAGGCUGAGAUCUUUAAAAAUGGGCCAAUCAGCUGUGCAAUAAUGGCCACUAAAGGCCUGGAGGCGUAUGAUGGAGGGGUGUUUGCUGAAUUUCACAUUCUGUCUAUGCCCAAUCACAUCAUCUCAGUGGCGGGAUGGGGCGUCACAGAGGACGGGACCGAAUACUGGAUCGUCAGAAACUCCUGGGGCGAGUUCUGGGGCGAAUCAGGCUGGGCCAGGAUUGUCACCAGUGCUUAUAAAGGAGGAAAAGGAAACUGGUACAAUGUCGCCAUCGAGAACGACUGUGCAUACGGAGAUCCAAUAGUUACAUAGAUCUUUCUCCAAUUGAAACAUCCUGGAAUUGACUAUAUGUCAUCAUGCACAAGCUUGUUUUAUAUAU